AUGCGUGCUGGCAGUCAAUGUGUCGGUUAUCGUGAUCCGGAAGCGAUUCGCUUCCAUGAUGAGAGCCAGCGGAUCACAGAAAGAGCUCGUCAGCGCGAGGACGACGAUGCGAUCCUCAUGUCGCCGCCGACCGACCACAUCAAAUCUAUCAGCAUAUCUCUUCAUGAGCGUGCUGCUAGCUUUAUCUUCACGCACUAUGUGCGCGGAGGUUCUGGCCUGCCGACAGGAUUGGCGUCUCUGGCAAACAUUCAUCGGUCGCCCCGACUGGUGCUCGCUGCAAGGGCAGAGUAUAGCGUUGCCCUGGCGGCGACGAACGCGGCGCUGCAGGACCCGCGACGCCGCCGAACGGACGCCGCCGUCGCCACAGUCAUUCUGCUGGCCAUGUAUGGUGUAGUGACGUGUCAGAGCACGUCGAUCAUCAAUCGUUGGUUGGAUCACGUUAACGGCGCCACGAAGCUGCUGGAGCUGCGUGGAUCAUCGCAGGUGGACGGCCCGGUUGGCCUGGACAUGUUCAGUCAGCUCCGCCUUCAAAUUGUCUUGAGUAACCUCUAUCGCCGGCGGUACACGCCGGGGUGGCUUCUCAGUAUCUCACAUGAAGCUAUAUCCCAUCGCACUUUGGUGGAUCGUGCGCAAGACGUUUUCUUCGGUCUUUUUGUGCGCGUAGCAAACCUUUGUGCCGCCUUGCGCGAUGGCUCGAUUCGAGGCCCGGGCACAAUAUUGCAAACAGCACGGGAGAUUGACGCAGAGCUAGUUGAGUGGACGCGAACGGUGCAUCCGAGCUGUAGAUUUACACGAUAUAGCGUGUCCGGCGCCCGCGAGUUGGGUCUCGGUCUGCCCCCAAACGUAACCCAGUGUCAUGUCUACUCCGACAUUUCCGCUCAUCAUCUGUGGAACACCUACCGGAUUGCGCGUAUCGUGCUACACGAGUUGAUCAUCAAGUUCUGUCAGCAACUGCAGGUUCAUUUGGGCACAUUACACCCUGAACACGCAUCAGCAUGCACGCAAAGCAUUGUCAUCUCGCGGAGCUUGGUCGCGGAUAUCUGUGCCAGUGUGCCUUGGGCUACGGGCACUAGCAAUCAUGAAAGCAGCCCCCGGGCUGCGGGCAUGUACCGUCUCAUGUGGCCGUUGUUCAUUGCGGCCAAUUCGGUGGUCUGCGGCGCCGAGACACGGACGUGGAUUGUCCAGUGCCUGGAUCAAAUCGGUUAUUGCUUGGGCAUAUCUCAGUCUUUAACUCUGGCGCAGAUUCUGCGCAACGGACAGCGAGAUCGCCAGGGCGAUGAACCCGACCCUGAAGAUAUCAUGUUACAUGAGAAAUCAAUGCGGCGUGGUCGAAGAGUAGGAGUGGGUGUGAAAGAAGCAGCUACAGUCUGGGAUAAAUAA